CAGUUGGGUCUACGGUGCCAUACAUCUACCAGGCGGACAAUGGAUAUUGACUUGUUCAUUGGACGGCUCGCUGCGGGUAUGGAAGAGUGGAAAAUAGAUAGGAGACGACUGGUGGUAUGGACCAUAGCAUUAUCUCCGGACGGGAAGAAAGUGGUCAGCGGGAGUGAGGAUGGCGGAGUGAGGUUGUGGGAGAUGGACACAUGCAAAGUCAUCGUGAAAUGGAUGGGGCAUACAAACUUGAAGGGAGUGCUUUUUGUCUGCUGGAGUGGAGACGGUCAACAAUGGGAUGUAGAGAGCGGAGAGACAAACCUCGCACCAAUCAAGACAGGGCACGAAUCCGUGUGGGCAAUCGCUUGGACUCAGGAUGGGCCAUGUCAAUACUUUAUGCGAAAACUCGAGCUCGACAUCAAAUGCAUACGCAAGAAGGUCCCUAGUGGACAAGACGAUAUUAUUGAGGAACCUUCGUUCCCUCUUAUCAAUGAGAGGGAUGCGGACGAAGAACGAGAGGGAAAGGAAGCUGAGGGGAGACAAGAGGAGAAAGAGCGGAUGACUAAGUUUGAUGAUUGGGCAGCUAGACAGCACCUUGAGCAAGAGGUGUGGUAUUUGCCGUCUGCCUGCAUAGAUGAUCUUGCUGACCUUUCGGACCAAUAG